AUGGUGCACAAGUUUGAUAGCAAACGACCAACUUCGUGGAAUCUUCCUGAUUUAGACAAAUUACCUGGUGGGUUCAGAGGAAAAGUGUACAACAAGAAAGAUUGGAAUGAGUACUUGGACCAAAACACAGCCACUUUGGACAAUGAAAUCAAUGGCUCGAAACCAUCUAUUUCACAGGGGAAAGCUCCUCCGGCCGGAUGGCGAAAAAAUUCUUCCCUUCCACAAUGGUUGAAAAACAAAUAUGCAUUGAAAGAAAAAGCAAUGAAAGUGGAUCUUUCAAAUGUCAAACGACUAAGUCCCACUACUGCCAAGGCUAUCAGAAAGCUGCAUGAUGAAUUCCCUGAAGAGCUACCAAACGAGAAGUUAGCAGAAUUCUUCAAAGUGUCCCCUCUUGCAAUAGCCAAGAUAUUAAAGUCCAGAUGGACUCCUUCUGAAAAAGAGUUUGAGAAGUCAGAGAAGAGAUGGGAGAAAUACGUUACGAAACAAGUUUCUAGGAAAAUGGUUGAAUCGAAGUUUACAGAAUUCAUUGAAGAGACUGAACGUAGGAUCAAAAUGGAAAUGCCACCUUUUUUCAAGCAGCAGCUUCAUGAGCACUACAUGAAGCAUGGUAUUGACCACGUCAAAAACGAUUUCGAAGAGCUAAACAGGGCAAGGAUAGAGAGGGAAAAGCUAAAAGAUGGGAAGCUAUCCAACUACCUCAACUCCGCCAUGGUUGACGAAAAUCAUAAAAUCCCAGAAUAA